UGUCUUUUUUGUUGUGACACAAUCUGCAGAUGCUACAUUGAUGUUAAAACCCGCGACAAAAAUGUUCGUCUACUUAGCUCUUCUUCUCACAGGUCAUGCAAUGACCAUUGCUGGACAAAAUACCAAUGUAAAGGGAUGUAUGGGAACAAGAUAUGGUUGCUGUCCUGAUGAGAAGACACCUGCUGAUGAAAAUCGCACAAAUUGCUUGAUUGGUGGAUGUGCUGGUACCAGAUAUGGUUGCUGUCCUGAUGAGAAGACACCUGCUGAUGAAAAUCGCACAAAUUGCUUGAUUGGUGGAUGUGCUGGUACCAGAUAUGGUUGCUGUCCUGAUGGGAAGACAGCUGCUUAUGAAAAUCGCACAAAUUGCUUGAUUGGUGGAUGUGCUGGUACCAGAUAUGGUUGCUGUCCUGAUGGGAAGACAGCUGCUUAUGAAAAUCGCACAAAUUGCUUGAUUGGUGGAUGUGCUGGUACCGAAUAUGGUUGCUGUCCUGAUGGGAAGACAGCUGCUUAUGAAAAUCGCACAAAUUGCUUGAUUGGUGGAUGUGCUGGUACCAGAUAUGGUUGCUGUCCUGAUGGGAAGACAGCUGCUGAUGAAAAUCGCACAAAUUGCUUGAUUGGUGGAUGUGCUGGUACCAGAUAUGGUUGCUGUUCUGAUGGGAAGACAGCUGCUGAUGAAAAUGGCAAAAAUUGCUUGAUUGGUGGAUGUGCUGGUACCAGAUAUGGUUGCUGUUCUGAUGGGAAGACAGCUGCUGAUGAAAAUCGCACAAAUUGCUUGAUUGGUGGAUGUGCUGGUACCAGAUAUGGUUGCUGUUCUGAUGGGAAGACAGCUGCUGAUGAAAAUCGCAAAAAUUGCUAGUGUUUGACAUUAAAGAGUAAGAUGGUUAUGGUCCAUAUUAAAAAAAGCUAGCUGACCAAAACAUUGUUGCAAUUUUAAUUCAAAGAAUAAAAAACUGAAAACGCUA